UGCGGAAGCGCAGCGAGACCCGAGACCCGGGAGGAGGAAGCCAGCGCCGCUGCCCGGUUGCGGGGCUCCUGGCACCAUGGGCCGCCUGCACUGCACGCAGGACCCGGUGCCCGAGGCCGUGCGCGGCGACAUGCAGCAGCUGAACCAGCUGGACGCGCAGCAGUUCUCGGCCCUGGCAGAAGUGCUUUUCCAUUUCCUAACUGAGCCCAAAGAGGUGGAGCGCUUUCUGGCUCAGCUCUCUGAAUUUGCCACCACCAAUCAGAUCAGUCUUGGCCCCCUCAAAAGCAUCAUGAAAAGCCUCCUUCUGGUUCCAAAUGGUGCUCUGAAGAAGGGCCUCACUGCAGAGCAGGUGCGGACUGAUCUCCUGACACUAGGACUUAGCGAGGAGAAAGCCACUUUCUUUUCUGAAAAGUGGAAGCAGAACGCCCCGACCCUUGCCCAGUGGGCCAUAGGUCAGACCCUGAUGGUUAACCAGCUGAUUGAUAUGGAGUGGAGAUUUGGAGUGACGUCUGGAAGCAGUGAAUUAGAGAAAGUGGGAAGCAUAUUCUUACAGUUAAAGUUGGUGAUUAAGAAAGGAAAACAAGCUGAAAAUUUGUAUAUAGAGUUAACCUUGCCUCAGUUCUACAGCUUCCUGCACGAAAUGGAGCGAGUCCGAGCAAGCAUGGAGUGCCUCUGCUGACCCUGAUUCUUGUGCCCUUGCUCCUGCCUCUUCCCCAGUGGCUGCCCUAGGGCCCCAACUGCCCUGGGAGGCCAUGUGCAAAGAGUUUCUAAAAACAAGAGUCUCCAUGUUUGAGGAGUGCUGCCUGAUUCUCUGUAAGCCCAUCGGGAGCCACCAUCUCUGGCUCCUGGGUGACUGACUCUACACCUAGAUGCUCCGACAGCUACUGCAUCUGGGGCUGUUUUCUUUGGGGAAGCAGGUAUUGUCACCUCCCAUUCAACAGUAAACAAACGUUCAGUUCUUCAUUCA